AUGACAGUGGAUAUUAAGAUCGUUAACUUCCAUAUUCUCAAAAACAAGAAGCCUGCGAAGGAUAAAAUUGAAACCUGGGUUCAAGCUUUUAAAGAACAAGGAUUAAAUAAGUCUCUUCAUUUUGAAGGAACUUUGGAGACUGAUGGAAUUGGUGUUUCUAUUCUGAAGCAAAAUAUUACUACAACUAGGAAGAAAAAGCUAACAGAAGAUAGCCCUGAAACUUCAAAAAAGGAGGGUGGACCAAGAAGUGACAAUGAUGCCCAGUAUAUUGAAACAUUAACACAAGCAGAGCUGGCAAGCACGAAUGGAAGAUGCGUUUUGAUUGAUCCCGGAAGACGUGAUAUUUUAUACUGUAUGAAAGAAACCAGUGUGGUCAAGCACGAAGAAAUUCUUGUUUUUACAAAAAAAAAUGAUCGAUCAAAAAGAUCAAGACACUUUAGAACUUUACGAAAGUCAACUAAACCAUCCAUGGUUGAAUCCGCUGAAGCUCUUCUUUCCAAAACCCCGUCAUCCACUGUAGAUGUACUCAAAUUUGUAGAUUACAUUAAGACAAGAUCAUCGGUGGAAAACGUAUUAAACCAAUACUAUGGAAAUGAAACAAAAUCAUCCAAAGAUCUUUACUUCCCCGGCUCCUUGUUUGACUUUCGUGUGGUUUUGCCAUUCCGAAAGCUGAAGUGUUCAUCCAAGAUUUUCUAUGAUCAAAAUGACCAGAUGUUAGUGAAGAGGUUGAAAAAGAAGUCUGGUCAUGAUGCGAUUCUUCCAACCAGGAACAAAGAUCUCAUUCGAAUGCUGAAGAAAAACGGCUUCCAAGUAUUUAAUAUUGACGAAUGUAAAAAUCGUAACUGUCUGUUGGCCAACCUUGAACAAGUCAAAGAAAUCCCACGAAAGCUGUGGAAUCAAGAUAUGGCAGCUGUUUUAAACUUUCGAAAGAUCUUGAUCAGCUUAAGAGAGACAGGUAAACGCCCUGAUGUUUUUAGCAGAAAACCAGAAUGA